GACAGACGACGAUUGCAAGAAUUUCGUCAGCUACCACGCGAUCACUUUUACUCAAGUCUCAAUAAAAUAAAUAGCAGAUGUUACGGUACUAAUUACAUCUCACUUGUAUAAAUAAAUGAAAUCAUAUUUUAGCCUUUUAUAUAAACUUAGUGUACGUAGUCAUCGGUUACCUUCAUUUACCACUUCACUUCGCCGGUCGCAUAUUCAACCGCAGUGGGGUUCGAACAAGACUCACAGAAAAGUUAAAAUUCACAAUCCCUUUCGCGAUACUAUCAUGGCUGAUCCCAAAAUUGAAGAGAUCUUAGCUCCACUUCGUGCUAGUGUGAAGGAACAAGGGGAUUUGGUGCGAAAGCUAAAAGAGGAGAAGGCCCCCGAAAUUGAUGUUAAAAAGGCGGUCGCUGAGCUUAAAGCUAGGAAGAAGAUCUUAGAAGAUAAAGAGCUCAGCUUGGCUCCUGCAGAUGAAUUAUUCGACCGCUCAAAAAUGGAAGACCUGAUUAAAAGGAGGUUCUUUUUUGAUCAAUCCUUUGCUAUUUAUGGUGGUAUUACCGGACAGUUUGAUUUCGGCCCUAUGGGGUGUGCGCUCAAGAGCAACAUGAUACAGCUAUGGAGAAAGUAUUUCAUAUUGCAGGAGCAAAUGUUGGAAGUUGACUGUUCCAUACUCACACCUGAACCCGUACUGAAAGCAUCUGGGCAUGUUGAAAGGUUUGCAGAUCUAAUGACUAAAGACAUCAAAACUGGGGAAUGUUUCAGAUUGGAUCACUUAAUUAAAGCUCAUUUAGAAAAAAUUAAAAGUGAAAAGAAUGCAAAAGCUGAGCUUAAAGCUGAAAUUGAGGAUAUACUUGUGAAACUUGAUGGCAUGACUGCUGAUGAAAUGUCAACACUAAUGAAAAGGUUUGAAAUGAAAUCUCCAGUGAGUGGCAAUGAUUUGACUCCACCGAUUGAGUUUAACCUUAUGUUCAACACCCAGAUUGGACCAUCAGGCUUGGUUAAAGGUUUCCUGAGGCCUGAAACUGCCCAGGGUAUUUUUGUUAACUUCAAAAGGCUUUUAGAAUUCAAUCAAGGCAGGCUACCCUUUGCUGCUGCCCAAAUUGGUAAUUCCUUCAGGAACGAAAUAUCUCCCAGGUCGGGCCUUUUGAGGGUGAGAGAAUUUACCAUGUGCGAAAUAGAGCAUUUCUGUGAUACAAAAGACCACCCAAAGUUUGAUUCAAUCAAAGUCACUCCCAUGCUGCUUUAUUCUGCCAACAAUCAAGAACAAGGGAAACCUGCUGAAAUUAUGACUAUUGGGGAUGCUGUAGCACAAGGUAUUGUAAACAAUCAAACUCUGGGGUACUUCAUGGCAAGAAUACACCUUUACCUUCUUGCAGUCGGCAUUGAUUCAAAGAAACUGCGCUUCAGACAGCACAUGGGCAAUGAAAUGGCCCAUUAUGCUUGUGAUUGUUGGGAUGCUGAGUGCCUCUCUAGCUAUGGUUGGAUUGAGUGUGUAGGAUGUGCCGAUAGAUCUGCCUAUGAUCUGACUCAACACUCAAAAGCUACAGGAAUAAGGCUUGCAGCUGAAAAGAAGUUACCUGCUCCCAAGCAAAUAGAAAUUAUUGAGGCAGUUGCCAACAAGGCUGCUAUUGGCAAAGAAUUCAAGAAGGAUGCUAAGGUCAUUAAUGACACCUUGGCUGCCAUGGACAAUGAAGCCCUACAGCAGCUGCAAGACAAACUCGACAGUGAUGGGGAAUUUACUCUUUCCACUUCCAAUGGAGAAUUUAAGUUGAACAAAAAUCUAGUUUCUGUCAAGAGAACUCAGAAAACAGUUCAUGUGGAAGAAAUUAUUCCAAGUGUGAUUGAACCAUCAUUUGGUGUGGGCAGAAUAUUGUACUGUCUUUUGGAACACAAUUUCAAAAUGAGAGAAGGAGAUGAGCAAAGGACUUACUUCUCUCUGCCUGCUACUGUAGCUCCAAUGAAGUGUGCCGUUUUACCUCUGAGUGGUAAUGCAGAAUUCCAACCAUUUGUAAGAGAGCUCUCUCAAGAGUUAACAUCGGUUGAUGUUUCACACAAAGUAGACGACUCCUCUGGCUCCAUUGGCAGAAGAUAUGCGAGAACUGAUGAGUUAGGUGUCCCAUAUGCCAUAACAGUUGAUUUUGACACCACGAAAGAACCACAUACAGUAACGCUGAGGGAAAGAGAUGGCAUGAGCCAGGUCAGAUUGCCACUAGCCGAUGUCCCUGGAGUUGUGAGGGACUUGUCAAAUAGUAAAAUACUGUGGGCUGAUGUACAAAACAAAUACCCGAAAUUUGAGCAGCAGGAGACAACAAAAGGUCCUGCAGCAUAAUUAGGCAUUUCCUGAACAGCAUUUUGAUUUGAUGUAUCAACUUUAUUAGUUAAGCAACAAAACAUGCUUGUUUUAUAAUUUUAUUAAGAAAUAAUCUCUAUUUAUUGUUGCUUUAAGCUCUUGAAAAUUAAACUUUAAACACAAUUGUA